AUGUCAGCAGAAGUAUCAGAAAGGUUCAAAGUGUGGACCGGCAACAAUGAGACCAUCAUCUACUCACCAUUCGAAUACGAAUCCACGUGGCUCAUCGAGUCGUGGUGGGACGAUUUGACAAUGCACACCUUCUUCAAAAAUCACUGGUUCAAAUCGGUGUAUCUAUCACUAGCCUAUGUUAUUGCCACAAAUCUAUUGCAAAAAUAUAUGGAGACGAGGAAACCAAAAAGUAUGCGUCCCCUUCUCCUUGCCUGGAACGGAUGCCUAGCAGUAUUCAGUAUUAUGGGCACGUUGAGGUUCGGAAUCGAAUUCUACGAUGCUGUAUUCAGAAGAGGAUUCAUCGACUCGAUCUGUUUGGCAGUGAAUCCAAAAUCGCCAUCAGCAUUCUGGGCAUGCAUGUUCGCUCUAUCGAAAAUCGCCGAGUUCGGAGACACCAUGUUCCUAGUGCUCCGAAAAAGACCAGUGAUUUUCCUUCACUGGUACCAUCAUGCAGUGGUUCUGAUUCUUUCUUGGCAUGCUGCCAUCGAACUCACCGCACCUGGCCGCUGGUUUAUCUUCAUGAACUACUUGGUUCAUUCCAUCAUGUACACUUACUACGCAGUCACUUCCGUUGGAUACCGUCUUCCAAAAUUAGUUUCAAUGACAGUUACUUUUUUGCAAACACUCCAAAUGCUCAUUGGCGUUUCAAUCUCGUGCAUUGUCCUUUAUUUGAAGCUUAAUGGAGAGAUGUGCCAACAAUCCUACGACAAUCUUGCCCUCAGUUUUGGAAUCUAUGCCUCCUUCCUUGUCCUUUUCUCCAGCUUCUUCAACAAUGCCUACCUGGUCAAAAAGGACAAAAAGACAGCUGUGAAGCAAGAUUAA